GUGAUGGAGGACACACUCGCGUUGGCGAGCCACGGCACGGAGUUCUUGGCCGCACGUUCUGUCGACCCGUGCACAAUAGAGCGUCUAGAAGCGUGCAAGCAAUACCGAGAUAAGGAACGCAAGAAGUUGGACGCGAAGGCUGCGGACUUGGUGCUAACGUGGAGAUGCCAGAGGUUCCCAACCCAGGGGAUGCCGCCGCUGGAGCUCAAUACCAGCGAGUACCUUAUUCCUGAGGUGCAGGCGCUACAUAAAGCCGGUGGGUCGGCGCUUCAGGCAGUAGCAGAGGUGAACGAAGACGCAUUGCGCGCUGAGAUUAAACGGUACUCGACGACGCUGCGACGGAGAGUGGAAGUACGGCGGCAAGAGUUAGUACGCGACCUGCAGCGCCAUCAACGCGAGCAGCUAGAGAUUAGAGAACGCAAGAAUGACCCCCCACCAAUCGCGUCAUUCCAAUUCCACGAGCUCACCAUGGAGACCCCCGCCGCGCUCCCGACUCCCGCCGACGCCGCCAACGGCUCCAGCGCCGAUGCAGCAUCCAACGCCACCGUGCCGACAGCCAAGACACCGCUGGAGCGACUCACGGAGGCGGUGGACAAGAACCCGCUGGACUUCAACUCGUGGGUCAGCCUGCUGGCGCUCGUGCAGAGCGAGGCUACGACGCCCCGCGAGACGGUGGAGGCCACGUACGACCGCUUCCUGGCGGAGUUUCCGCUGUGCUUCGGCUACUGGAACAAGUAUGCGCAGUACGAGUUUGGGCUUGCGAACAAGCUCACUGAGGACGGCUCGGGGACUGUAGCGACGCCUGAAGAGGCUAAGACGAAGGCGCGUGGGGUGUAUGAACGCGGCGUUGUGGCUGUUAAAUACAGCGUUGACAUGUGGAUGAAGUACUGCGAGUUCCUCAUCCACACGCUGCACAGCCCCAUUGACGAGACUCGACCAGUAUUGGAGAGAGCUGUGGCGGCCUGUGGAGCUGACCCCUUGGCUGGUCCACUGUGGGAGCUGUACAUUCAGGUCGAGACCGUCAACAACGACAUGCCGCGCCUGAACCAAGUGUUUAAGCGCAUCAUGCACCAACCGCUCCGCAACCUUGAGGAGUUUUGGGAGAAAUACAACCAGUUUGUGCUCGCUCAGCAACUGAGUGCUCUUGCAACACCCGAAGAGCAGAAAGCUCUUGCCGGUGAUGGAGAGGAACUCAUGGACGAGGGGCUGCUCCGCGUCAAGAUCGUGAACGCAGUGGAAGCUGUGAAAAACAAAGCGAUGGAGGAUAUCUACCGGCGCCAGGCGUUUGAAGCUGGAAUCGACCGUAGCUACUUCCAUGUGACCCCAGUUACCGAAGCCGCGAUGAAAAACUGGCACAGCUACUUGGAUUUUGAAGAAGCCGCGGGUAACAACGUGCGCUGCCAGACUCUCUACGAGCGUUGCCUGAUUUCCUGUGCAAAUUACGAGGAGAUUUGGCUGCGUUACGUUGCUUGGGUGGAAACUGUGCACGGUCUUGAUGCUGCGGACGCUGUUUUCCAGCGCGCGGUGACGAUCUUCCUCAAGUACCGUGCAUCGAUCUACUUGGAGUAUGCAUCUUUCUUGGAGGCCCAUGAAAAGCUGCAGAAGGCCCAGGGUGUGUACAUGCAAGUGCUCUCUGACGUGGCACCGAAGCUUGCAGAAGCUUUCCUGCACUACUGCAACUUCGAACGAAGACGCGGGGAUGUCGAGACGGCCAAGACAUGGUAUGAGAGGGGAAUGGAAGCCGUCGAGAACGAGUCGGAUGUCUACGCGUAUGUGUCAACCGCUUAUGCCACGUUCCUUCACAAGAACGUUGGUGACGCAGCGCUAGCUCGCUCGGUGUUUGAACGAGCCGUUCAGAAGCACAGUGAGUCCGUGCUGCUCUGGCUAAACUUCAUCCAUUUCGAGAUCAACGUGGGUGGGGACAAUGCAGAGCUCGUCCCUCGGGUUGCCCGCGCCUACGAUCUCGCGCUUGAAGAUUCUUGCAAUCUCACGAUGGAUGAAAAGAAUGACUUGUGGUUCCAGUAUGUGGAGUUCAUGGAGAAUUACGCUAGCAGCGUCGCGAAAGUGCGUGACGUGCGCAAAAGGGAGAUGUCAUGGAAGCUUAAGAAUGCUCAGUCACGUAACCGAACGAUUAAGGUGUUGACCUUCCAGUCGGGAUCGGAGGGUGAUAUUGGCGGGUACAACUCCAGCGUUGAACCAGGGAUGAAGCGUGCGCGCUACACAGCUCCGCAGACUUCGGCAGUGCUUCCAACUGCAGCAGCAGCAACGACAGAAGCAGCAGCGGUGACGGCGACAUCGGCGGCUGCGGCCUACUACCAAGGCUACCAGGUAAAUUCUUGCUUUUGCUUUUCCCCCCGCUAUUGCGUGCGUUUAUUGAUAUGA